UAAAACCCCAAAACGUGGGACAUCACAAACGUUAAAUCUCGACGCUCUAAACUGGGUUGCUUCCUAUUAUCUUCCUUUUCCAUGACUUUUCAGGGUUUGGAGAGUUGAAAGCUCACAUCGGAAGUGCAGAGGCCAUUUCUUCUGCCGCUUGCUUCACUCAGACAACGAGUUUGUGUUGCAGGAACAAAUUACCAAGAGCUAUCACAUAUAGCACUCUAAGAUAUUUUUAGGGACGACAGAGACAUCUAAGAUCAAGCGAAUUCUUGAUAAGAAAGAUUGCUAAUUGUGAAUUCAGGAAGAAGAUAUAAAAAGAAAAUGGCAGGGCUUUUGGAUCCAACUAAUCUUGGAAUUGUCUCAAGUGGAGCGUCUUCUUCAGCACAUGGAAAAUUGGAUGAGGCACAUGGAAAAUUGGAGGAGCCAGAUCAUUCUAGCAGUAACUGGUAUUUUGGCAGAGAAGAAAUUGAGAAAAAUUCUCCAUCAAGAAAUGAUGGAAUUGAUUUGAAAAGAGAAACAUAUUUUCGGAAGUCAUACUGCACCUUUCUUCAAGACUUGGGCAUGAGACUGAAAUUGCCUCAAGUAACUAUAGCAACUGCUAUUGUAUUCUGCCAUCGCUUCUUUCAUCGUCAAUCUCAUUCAAGGAAUGAUAGAUAUACUAUUGCAACUGGUUGCAUGUUUCUUGCUGGAAAGGUAGAGGAAACACCCCGUCCUUUGAAGGAUGUGAUAAUUAUCUCAUAUGAAAUUCGUAAUAAGAAGGAUCCUGAAGCUGUUCAAAAGAUCAGGCAGAAGGAAGUUUAUGAACAACAGAAAGAACUAACUUUGUUUGGGGAAAGAGUUGUGUUGGCAACUCUGGGAUUUGAUCUCAAUGUUCACCAUCCAUAUAAACCGCUUGUUGCAGCAAUUAAAAAGUUCAAGGUUGCUCAGAAUGCACUUGCUCAAGUGGCAUGGAAUUUUGUAAAUGAUGGGCUGCGCACAUCGCUCUGCCUGCAAUUUAAACCUCACCACAUUGCUGCUGGGGCCAUCUUCCUUGCGGCUAAGUUCCUCAAGGUCAAGCUGCCCUCUGACGGGGAGGUGGUCUGGUGGCAGGAGUUUGAUGUGACUCCACUACAGUUGGAAGAAAUCAGCAACCAAAUGCUCGAGUUAUACGAGCAAAACAAGCUUGUUCCUCCUGCCCGUGGAAGCGAGAUAGGUGGAAGCUCUGGUAUAAACAACCAGAAUUUAGGGCAUUCACAGUCAUGCACUGAAGCAGCUCCUUCCAAAAAUGGCUAUUCUCAGGUUCCUAAAUGUGGUUCUCCAGGUCCAUCUCUAACUGCACCUGCAAUAGGUGCAAGCCAUGUACCGACUGCAGAUGUUAGAAACAGUGUAAAUACUGCAAAAUAUGCGGGUAGUUCUCAUGUGAAACAAAAUGAUACAUUUGGAUCCACAGAUUAUGAAGAAACUUAUGGCAUAGGUGGAAGCACCACAAGGACCAAUGAUACAAAGGACCGUUUUAAAGAAGGUUGGUUGAUUGAUGAUUCACGUCAGGAUUCAGAUCCAGUUGCCAAUGAUGGAGGCCAAGGUAAAUGUGAUGAUAACAAUAACAAACAUAAUCAGAAAAGAACGAAACAUUUUGAUGAGAAGGAAACUAGCAGUCUAAUGGAAAAUGCAAUAAAGGAGCUAGCAGGUUCAAGGAUCACUAUGGAAGAAGAGGAGAAUGAUAGAACAGGGAAUGACAGUGGACAGAAGUUUGAGGAUAGUAAAGGCAAGAAAACUUGGAUUGGCUUAGGUGAAGUUAAUAAAGACAAAGUCAAGGCAGCCUUGGAGAAAAGGCGGAAGUCACGUGGAGAGGGAAUGGAUCCACGCCCCAUAAAAGGAAAGUUUGAACCAGUAGAUGUGGAAGAUCUCAUUGAGAGAGAACUGGAAAGUGGUAUUGAAGCUGCUGCUAAAGUGGAAAAAGCAAAGGAGAGAAAAGAGAGGGCGAAAUUAUUGUACAAAGCAGAGCAGGAAACUUCAGAACCUACAAAGGAACAGAGGGAGCACAAUGAAAAUGGACGAAAGAGAAAGAAAUCAAACACAGAGAGCUUUCGUGAGAAGAAAUCAAUGUCUUGUGAGGAGGAUAUUGCUGAAGGAGAUCAGGAGAGGGACAUCCCAGGAAUUCCCUAUGAUUGCACAGAAGAAGGGGAGCUUCCAGACAUUUAUGAGCAGAUGCAUUCGCCAAGAUUGGCAAACAAACUCUCUCCAGGGUCAUAUGAACUUGAGAAAGGAGGGAGUCCUGUCAGGAGGCGUGAUAAUGGAACUCGUGAUCAACAGGGACAGAGGGAUGUUUCUCAUGAGAACAAACAUCGACAUGGAAAUCAUCACCAUCAUCAUUCUUCACAUCAACAGCAACAACAGUACCGGGGAGAUAGUGAGCGGGAUCGUCAUGUUUAUAAGGAUAGAGAUAAACAAGAGCGAGACCAUAAAAAGAUCAGAUAUGAUCAUGGAAACUGAUUGAGAUGCCAUUUGACAUGGAAAAUAAAAGAUGGUAAAAGAUCACCCUUUAUUUUCCAAUUUCCCAAUUAGGUUCUGGUAUACUUUACUACAGAGCUUUAAGGUCUUCAUGGAAAUUCUGAAAUAGUAUGUGAGGAAGGCUCAGUUGAUUGCUAUAGUUCUGUGGUAACUUGGGUAUGUACCAUACUUGAAAAUUGUAUUUAUUUAUUCUAGUGAUUCUUCCUUGCUUCAUGAUAAACUCAUUGAGUCUACCCUUAGAUAUAUGGCUGCUCUCUUUCAAUUUGCAAAUUUGUGACACAUUCACAAAGCUGUACAGACAUUCCUUACAAAUUCUUUCAGGGACUGUUUAUUUGUCUAUUCAACUUUUUUAAGGUAAGGAUCUAGAGCGAAUUGAAAGACGUGCUUUUCCUGUAGAUUUUCAGUUACUUUAUAUGUAUACUCAUCUAUCCAUGACAUAGGUCAUAACAUGGAUAAGAAAAAUAUCCAACCAUGAGAAACAUUCAACAUAUUCCAGUUGUCGGCUCAUUUUGAACAGGCAAGUUUUGCUAAUGAAUAAAAUGAUCUGGUAUUUGUCAAA